GUCGCCGGUCGUGUGGGGAACAGCUCUGCUCUCACGGUUGUGGGAGGCAUAUCCCCUCAGGAGAGGUCGCGUCCCUAGAAGGCGAACCGGCGGGAGUGGGCCGCUGUUCCUCCCUCUGCUAGGCGUAACAGCAGCGGGUGUUUGAAAGGGCUCGGGCGGGAGAAGCGGAAGGUGGCGGCGCGGAGAAGGCAACCGUGAGGCCGGUGGGGCUAUGGGCUGUAGCAGCCAGCGGCUGGGGGCUACUCCCGCCCUCCUACUCCUCCCUGCUUUGCUGCUCAGGAGUUCCGCAGAGAAGCUCGGAGAUGGAUGUGGACCUAUGAUCAUCUAUCAUGACAGUGGAACUCUGGCGUCCAAGAAUUAUCCUGGGACGUACCCCAACCACACUAUUUGUGAAAAGAAAAUUCGGGUGCCUCAGGGGAAACGGCUGAUCUUAAAAUUCGGAGACUUGGAUAUUGAAUCCCAGAAAUGUGAAUCUAACUAUCUUAGCAUCCACAGUUCAACAACAGUGCAUGGACCAUACUGUGGCAAUGUGCCUGUCCCAGAAGAAAUCAUCUUGGAUUCUAAUGAAGCAACUGUUCACUUUGAAAGCAGGUCUCAUGUGUCUGGAAGGGGCUUUCUGCUGUCUUUUGCUAGUAGUGAUCAUCCAGAUCUAAUAACAUGUCUGGAGAGAGCAAAUCACUAUGUGGAGACGAAAUACAGCAAGUACUGUCCAGCUGGUUGCAGAGACAUAGCAGGUGAUAUUUCUGGGAAUAUAGUGGAAGGCUACAGAGAUACCUCCUUAUUGUGCAAAUCUGCCAUACACGCUGGAGUAAUUGCAGAUGAACUGGGAGGCCGGAUCAGUGUGAUUCAGCUGAAAGGAACAAGACGGUAUCAAGGAAUUCUAGCUAAUGGCAUCCUUUCACAGGAUGGCUCUCUGUCAGAUAAGCGGUUUAUUUUUAACUCAAAUGGUUGCAAUAAAUCACUGAACCUAGAAGGAGAAGAUGCUUUUAAUGGCCAAAUCACUGCAUCAUCAUUCUGGGAUGAAACCAACACAAUUGGGGAGGUGGUCCAUUGGUCUCCCAAUAAGGCUUGGCUCAAAGUUCAAGGCCCAUCUUGGGCAGCAAACCAGAGCAACCAUCGGCAGUGGCUGGAAAUUGACCUAGGAGAAAAAACAAGAAUAACAGGAAUUAGAACCACAGGGUCCACUAUGCUCAAUUUUAACUAUUAUGUUAAGACGUUUAUUGUGAGCUAUAAAAAUAACAACUCAAAAUGGAGGACUUACAAAGGAAUCGUAAACAAUGAAGAAAAGGUAUUCAAAGGUAACUCGAAUCACGGAAACAUUGUUCGGAAUAAUUUCAUUCCUCCUUUAGUAGCUCGGUAUGUGAGAAUUAUUCCACAGACCUGGCACAAAAGAAUUGCUCUGAAGGUGGAACUUAUCGGUUGUCGCAUAGCACAAGUUAACAGCUCCCUGAUUCCUUCGCUGUGGCAAAGACCAAGUCAAAGCACAGGUGUUUCAAUCAGAAAAGAAGACCGAACCAUCACAGAACCUAUUCCUUCAGAAGAAAACAACCUAGGAUUGAAACUUGCUGCCAUUAUUGUUCCAGUUGUGGUGGUGCUUCUGCUGUUCCUGAUAUCUGGAAUUUGUAUCUCUGCUACCUGGAGAAAGAGAGGAAAGAAAGGCAUUACUUAUGGCUCAUGUGACACUGGAAAAUCAGGUUUCUGGAAACAAAUCAAACAACCCUUUGUGAGGCAUCAGUCUACUGAAUUCACCAUCAGUUAUAAUAAUGAAAAGGAAACACCACAAAAGCUAGAUCUGGUCACAAGAGAUGUAGCAGAUUAUCAACAGCCUCUCAUGAUAGGAACUGGGACAGUAACUCGAAAGGGAUCCACUUUCAGACCAAUGGACACAGAGGAUGGGAAGAAAGGUAGCUCACAGACGCAGAACCAUUACCACUGUCCACAGAGAGCAGGACGCCAUGAUUACGCCCUGCCAUUGACCAAUCAGGAGCCUGAAUAUGCCACUCCUAUUAUAGAACGACAUGCAGAAAGAGAAAAGGUGUUUCAUUUAGAGAACUGCUACAACGUUCCCUCUGUUUCUUCUACUCAUAAAUAUUCCCUUUCUUCAGGCAGUUUCAUUGCCUUAUGCCAGACCAAUGGGGUGAGUGGAAACUACCAAACGCCACAAAGUCAGGAGGAGUAUGAUAAGCCAAAAAUAAAUGCUUUGCCUAUGGUGGACUAUAGCACCGAUUAUCAGAAUCCCCAAGCCAGUUCACUGACAAACAAGGGAUACUCAACACCCAGAUACUGCUUAAAACCAAUAAAUCAGACUGCAAUGGCAGCUGUGCUGUAACCUGGAGACCAAGGAAAAGGUUGCUGCCAUAAUGGCCCAGGCACUGGAAUGGAUUUAGCAUAAAACACAUUUUUGCUUUUAUACAAAGAUCUUGACAUUUCUGUGAUGUGAUGAUGAGUGUAUGGCGUUCAACGCGCUUUUCACCAUGAGAAGCCUUCGCAGUGAGGUCUGCAACCAGUCGAUACUCUGCAGCUGUGAUAUUGGUGCUCUGUUCUGAUUUUGUGCAAUGUGUACAUAAUGUUUUAAUUUAAAAAAAAUAACUUAAAGAC